CACUGUCAUCGCCGCGUGAAAUCCAACCAUUUCUCGAUUCUUCUCCAUUGUUCGCAGGAUUUUCAAAAAGCAAAAUACUUUUGAAACAUUUGCAAAAUUGUGUAUACAAUGAAUGGUGGUUAUUUUUUAUUCAUAUUCGCCGUUCUCCUACGGAAUCCGUUGCCAAACGCAGCUGAAACUCCACCUGCUAACCUCCAAUUGAUCAGUGAAAAGUUUCGGAUUCUGUCACGAGUGACCAAUGCGAUUUACCUUCAAGCGGGUGCAAUCAAGAAUGAAAUCAAUGCUCGUGAGCUGAUAUCAGAACUUCUUCAUAUGCCUAGCAAUCAGUUGAACACGGUUGUCAAUGUGAAUGUGGAAGUGGCAAGUUCAGAGUUGAGAAGAAUGCAUCAAGAGUACACAAAGUUAAUUCACUUUUUUGAAAAUCGUACACAGUCUUCGUUUAAUGACGAUGUGAAUGCAAUUUUCAAUAAUAUCAUAUUCAUCUUGUAUUUCUCUCGGAAAUCGUCUCUUUUGUCCGAAGUAUCCAGUAUCUCAACAAAAAAUCUACUAAAUGAGACCAAAUCUAUUGCGAAGGAUAGAUUGUUCAACUCCAGCUGUUCGCUGUUAACUGGGUUAGAUGAGUUUGUUGCUCUCUUUGAUGACGACCAAUUAACUCCAAAUUCUGAAAAGAUUGCUCAGAUCAUCAAUGAAUUCCAUAGACAGGCAAGUUUAAUGACCGAAUGCAUCAGUGGCUUAAAAAAGUUGGAUGAAGAUAUUGAUGCAUUGUCUAAUUGGAAGAAUGUAGAAGCCUACAACAAAUUGUGGUAUGUAAAGGACAGUAUCAUUCUUUUUGAAACAUUCCGAGAACCCUUGUCAUCAUGGAAUGAAAGCCUUUUGAAAAUUCUAUCCGCUUUUCAAACGGCAAAACCACUUUGGAAUAGCCGAAGCUCUCUUGGUCAGAGUAAGAUUUUUGAAGCAAUGGCUCAACUCAAUAAAUCUAUUGUGGAAGCAGAAGAUCAUAAUAUUUCGUCAAUCAAUCAAGAUUUGAAGUACACUGCUGGAUUCAAAAACUUUGGCGAUUUCUCAAAGAUUGCUGGUGAUUUGAAGAGUGCCUGGUUCAAGAAGUUUCUUGCAAAGGGCUCAGACACGCGUGCACUUAGUAGUGCUCUUCAAACAUUUCAAAAUGUUUCGGAAAAAAUGGAUGCUUUGGAUUCGUCGUGGAGUACUUUAAUGCGUCUAUCCGAGAAGAAAAUGCACCCUAUUGGAUUAAAAGCAAACUUUGUUGCAGAUGUUGCGACAAUUGGAUUAAAUUUAUCGGAAUUAGAGAGAGUCAUUCACGAGUCUGGAAAACACAUCGAAAGUUGCAUGAAACCGUUAGUAAGAACAACUCCAAACUCAUUUGGAAAUCAGAUUGUGAAUUACGAGACAUUUUUUUUUCCUGCACAUAGUAUCAUGACAAGACUUUCAAACGUCAAGGAUAUUAUUAAAGAGCUCAACACCACAUUGAAUUUUAUGACUGGUUCGAAUGAACAAUUACGAGAUCGUUUCCAUAAUCGAAAUCGCGCUGUUUAUUCAGUACUUGAUCAGCUUCAAGUCAACGCUUCGAAUUCCAUAAUAGUGAAACGUAUACUAAGGAGGAAAUAUAAAGGGAUUGUUGUUAAUUCCUACGAAUUCUUGUCCACGAUCAAAAGCAUUGCUAAAAUUGCAUCGGAACUUCAAGUCGUUCAAAAAACUGCUGAGAAUAUUACUGUCAGCGAUGGAAACAUAUUGGGCGAUCUUAUAUCGAACCUCAGCCUGGUGGAAACUUCCAAAUGUUUCAGCCAGUAUUACAAGACCAUGCCAACACUGGAGUCGACAGUUUCUAAACUGAAAAGUCUACGAAUGUUUCCUGACGGAGAAACUAUAUCGACAAUGCUUGAGUACCUGGAUUUACUGGGAAAGGUGCAAAGUAAUCUAACUCUCGUGGAAAAGGAAAUCAAAUCGAGCACUUCUCACGUAAAUUCCACCAAUAAUCCAGUUCUUUUGUUGAAAACUCCUCAAGCACUGAUUAAAAACAUUGGAACGAGUACUCGCGUACUGGAGGAUCUGGAGAAUGUACGACAACAUCGUCAGUUUCUUUAUUCGAUUCGAAACUUCACUGCUGAUGUGAAGAAAGUGAUUGUCGGAGAGAAUUUGAUAGAGUGGAUUGAUCCGGAAAAGAAAUUGAGAGAGUUGCUGGAAGAAGCUGAUCAACUGAACGGAUUUGCUGGGAGUUUGAGAAAUGGAAGUUUAACGGAAAUGGCAAGAGUGUUUGAUGAAGCGGCAAAAAUAAAGGGCAUUGGUGGAGACCCCAAGUCUAUGGCUAAUGUGUCAAUUAAUCUCCUACAAGCGAGUGGCACCGAUCAGUUGGCUGCUUCAAAAGUAUUCCGGAAAAUUCGAGAGCUCAACUUGGAUUUUGCGAAACAUGAAGCCUCUUUGAAGAGUGCAAGUGUUACAGUUAUCUCAUUGAUUGCAUAUUACGAUGAAAUAUUUGGAAACUCUAAAUCCAAAAUUCUAACAAUCGAGAAACACAUCGAUAACUCAUUUCCUUGGAUCUAUAUUCUCUUGAUUUGCAUUGGGUCGAUUUUAUUGAUUGGAUUGUUUUGUGUUGUUGCAUAUGGAUUUACGAAAAACGGAAGAGCAAAGUACACGAAUCUAUAUCUGUACUAUUUUGGAAAGCCGCUGGAUUAUGAACGAAGAUGGAGAUAUUCGUUGUUCCUUGACAAUCAGGAUGGAAAGAACACAUUGCUGGAUGCAGUUCGGGAGAUUAACAAGACAAAUGUUAUGAAAGCUGUCAAGUUGGGAUCUUAUAUAACUGCCUAUAACAAGUUUGGAAAUACAGCUCUGCACGCUGCCACAAAAUCAGCUUUACCUGAGAUUGUUAAGAUUCUCAUCGAACACGGAGCAGAUCUCACAUUGCUCAAUACAUUGAACAAAACUCCAGAACAGAUGAUUCCUCUUGAUUCUCCAGACAAUUCAAAGGAUAAAAUUGAGAAGCUCGAGAAGAUCCGCAAAUUGUACAAUAAGGCAAAUGGGAAAAAGUACAAAAAGUGUGUUCCACAGAAAUUUCCAGCAACUUCAUUUCAUAUUUGGAUGGACGAAAUAACUGACAACAAAAUCACCAACGAUUUUAUGGAGAAGUUUCAGGCAAUUACAUCCGAUGAAGCAGCACCAAACACAACCCAUGUUAUUGUUAAGACGGAUGAGAAUGGCGUUCUGGACACUGACAAUCUUGACCUUCUGUUUUGGAUGUUCAAUGGAGCGAUAAUUGUCAAAGAAAAAUGGAUGAUCGAUUGCCUGAACGAUGAGAAGCUUAUUGAGCAAGAUUCGAAGUAUUUGGUCGACAGUGUCAAAUACAAAGGAUCCACUUUUAAGACUGUUCUUCAGUGGAGUGAAGCCAUGGCAAAGGGAGCUAUUCCAUAUCUGUAUGGGGUAUAUACAGCAAUUGUCAUGAAGGAAUGCAAGAAUCUAUUGACAUUGAAUACUCUUGUGGCAGCUCAUGGUGGUGUUGUGAUGGAUACCUUCCCAGGAAAGGAGCUCUUCAACGUUGGAUCUCGCCCGUAUCACCAUGCAAAUCUCGGGCCGCUGUUUUUGAUCCACGAUGGAACGAUCAAUUUGAAUGUCUACCAAUCGGAUCCUGACAAGAUGUACACAUUGUUCACGGAAGCGGAGUUUAUCAAGUUUAUGCUAGAAAGAAAUAUUGUUCGAGAUAUUUGUGAAACUCCCAUUAAUGUAUUGAAAGAUUUGAAAUGAAGUAUUGUCUUGGGA